UUCUCCAAUGCAUGAGGCACCUGGCAUGCCCCAGAGCUCCACGUGUGUGCUAGAAUUAGGCAGUGCGUGGCUUGGGGCUCUGCCUCUGCGUGCACCUCCUGACUGACCCUGAAUGAUUUGACAUGACAGCUGAUUCAAGGAAACUACGCUGCCUAACCAACAUAUUGGGUCAGUCAUGAAGUUCAAAAGAGGAAACAAGUUUAAGAGAUCAUCUAAAUCUAAACAGAAAGGCAUCAAAGUAACAGGACGAUGGAAGCCCGUUGAGAUUGACCCGAAUCUUUUUGCCGAUGAGCAGCUUGGAGGUUUAGUCUGUUUUGAGGAGCUCACAGAUUAUAGUAUGGUGGCUUCCUCUAAAGCAAGGGAAGAGAAGGUCAGGAGAAAAUCUGAGGGAGGGAACGAGGAAGAGGAAGAGCUCUUGAUAGAAGAUGGUGCCAUUCCCAAAAAGAAGAAGAGAAAGCGAGAGAAAAGUGUUGAACAUGAGACAACUGGCAGUGAUGAUCCUAAAAUAGAGGAAACACUGAUUCGUCAGGAUUCCAAGCAUGAAGAUGCCAUUGUUAGCUGCGACCAAGAUGAGAGCAAUGCAGAGAGCAGUGCUACAGGCCUGAAAAGAAAAGAAGUGAGGAGAAAGCGGAAACGUAGGAAGAAAGCAUGCCCUCCCCAAGAUGUCCUUGAACCUGUUAAAUCUUCUAAAACGGUCAAAAACUGGACAUCAGAAGCUCUAUCUGUAUCUUUGGAUCAGAAAGUAGAUAUGUCUGCCUGGAAAGGCCUCUUUGUCCCAAAGCCUGUUCUUCAGGCACUGAGUGAAUUGGGAUUCAAUGCACCAACCCCUAUUCAGGCUCUGGCUCUGCCUUCUGCAAUUCGAGAUGGCAUGGAUGUUCUUGGAGCUGCAGAAACAGGAAGUGGAAAGACGCUUGCUUUUGCAAUCCCAAUGGUCCAUUCCAUCCUACAGUGGCAAAAAUCAGAAGGUUUCGCAAGUGGAAGUGAUGACCUUUUUGAUGAAGUGGCAGAUAGUGUGGAGGAUAUGUCAGACCAGGAAGCAGAAGACCUAAAUCCCGACAAGGAGGAAGCUAGUGGCCCUGAUGACAACACCAAAUCUCUAGCAACAGAUUGUGUGAAGGUGCUCGAGGAUGCAGAACUGGGCCCCCAGACCGACACUGCUGUUGUAGAUAAAAGCAAUCCUCUUCUGGGAUUGGUCUUGACUCCAACAAGGGAAUUGGCUGUCCAAGUAAAGCAUCAUAUUGAUGCAGUUGCCCGGCUCACAGACAUUAAAACAGCCAUUCUGGUCGGAGGAAUGGCACCUCAGAAACAGCAGCGAGUCUUGAAAAGAAGGCCAGAAAUCAUCAUUGCAACCCCAGGACGCCUGUGGGAGCUAAUUCAGGAGAAACAUCCCCAUCUCUCAGAUCUGCGGCAGCUCAGGUGCCUGGUGAUCGAUGAAGCAGACCGGAUGGUUGAGAGAGGACAUUUCUUAGAACUCUCUCACUUGCUAGAAAUGUUGAGCGAUUCACAGUAUAACCCCAAACGGCAGACGUUUGUUUUUUCUGCCACCCUGACUUUGAUCCACCAAGCUCCCGCUAGAGUUCUCCAGAAGAAAAAAGCUACCAAAAUAGACAAAAAGACCAAGCUGGAAACACUGAUGCAAAAAGUGGGCAUCAAGGGUAAGCCCAAAGUGAUCGACUUGACAAGGAAAGAGGCCACUGUGGAGACCCUCACAGAAACCCGCAUCCACUGUGAUACAGAAGAGAAAGACUAUUACCUCUAUUACUUUCUCCUUCAGUACCCAGGCAGGACGAUGGUUUUUGCAAAUAGCAUUGAUUGCAUCAAACGACUCACUUCGCUUCUGACAAUCUUGGACUGCAACCCUCUGCCUCUCCAUGCAAACAUGCACCAGAAACAAAGGUUAAAAAACCUGGAGAGAUUUGCUGAACGUGACAGCUGUGUGCUACUGACAACAGAUGUUGCCGCUCGUGGUCUUGACAUUCCUAAUGUGCAGCAUGUCAUCCACUACCAGGUUCCACGUACUUCUGAGAUUUACGUGCACAGAAGCGGCAGAACAGCCAGGGCUACCAACGAGGGCCUGAGCUUGCUGCUGAUUGGCCCAAGUGACGUGAUCAAUUUUAAGAAGAUUUAUAAGACGUUGGGGAAGAAUGAGGAGCUUCCUUUUUUCCCUGUCGAAACAAAAUGCAUGUCUGCUAUCAAGGAGCAGGUGAACCUGGCAAGACAGAUCGAGAAGGUGGAAUAUUUCAAAAACCGAGCAAAGCACCAUAACUCUUGGCUCCAGCAAGCCGCAGACGCUCUCGAGCUUGAUUUGGAUGACAACCUACUAAUAGGAGGCAAGCCCAGCGAGGAAGAAGAGAGUGAGAAGCAGAAAAUGCUGAAGGGGAUGAAGAAGCAUCUGAAACAUUUGCUCUCUCAGCCAGUAUUUAAAAACCUGAUGAAGACCAAAUACCCAACCCAGUCCGGGAAACUGUCCUUGCCUAAUAUUUCAGGGGAGCAUUUCCAGUCUGCACUGGGAGCCAUGUCAAAAGCACAAUUGAAAAAAAGGAAGAAACAAGAUGUCGGUCCAAAAUGCUUCAGCAAUGAGGUGGUUCUCUUUGGCAGGAAAAGAAAAUGAAAACAUGCUAUGGAGUGGGGUGGGGGGGUGGCACCCGAGUGUAUAUCAAGUAACAGGGAAUUACGUCUCUCAGCUCAUCCAACAGUAAUCUGUAUUACUUUAUUAUUAAAAGUUGUUAAAAAGG